AUGGUUCGCAAAGCAUACGGAGUCGCCAAGGAGGCGACCAAACUUGCUCAAUCCUCCCAAUUCGCUCAACGCAAAGAAGUUCAUCUCCCUUCAUUCAGCAUCGCUCUCGCCCGAACCCCCUACCUCUCCCCGCGCUACGCUCAAUUCCACGUUCCUCUCAACUUUAACAAGCUCGACCUGCGCGACUACCUUAAGAACCUGUAUAAUGUCGAGGUCCUCAAAAUCCGAAGCUACAUCGAACAGCAACCUAUCACCCGAGUAAGGAGAGAUGGCCGCUCCCUUGGACCAUGGCGCCGACCGCAAUCCAAGAAGCGGAUGACCGUUGAACUCAAAGAACCCUUCUCCUGGCCCGAGGCCCCAACAGAUCUAUCGAAAUGGGAGAAGGACGCUUGGAACGCAGCCAACAAGGCGCAGCGGGAUGCACAGAAUGCCAACGCUCAAAAGCCUCAUUCUGCUGAGGAGCCGGAUAAGGAGCUGCGCAAGGCAUUCGAGAAGCAGGCUAAGGGAUUGAAGAACCACCAGGAGACUUGGAAGCCUACUUGGAAGGUGCUGGGUCUUGAUUUUGCGCACAAGGAGUUUGCCAAUGCUCGAGGUCCAGGUAGCAAGGGCCGUCCUCUUUGA